GGCGGGGCCCGCGGGCUGCGGACGGCGGCCUCGGCGGCCGGCAGAGUCCUUAUGUUCACACAUGUCUCUGCUGAACUUGUAAAAGAGGCACUUGGAUGAUGGACUGAAAGGAACGUUGAGAGUCCGGGAAAAGUUUCAAAUCGGAGAGUUUUCAAUUUUCACCCUAGUCCGGCAGCUGUGCUGCUCACGUACAUACAGAUGAAUGAAGACCCCAUUCGGGAAGACACCUGGCCAGCGGUCCAGAGCGGAUGCAGGCCAUGCUGGUGUGUCUGCAAGCAUGAUGAAGAAAAGGACGUCCCACAAAAAACAUCGGAGCAGUGUGGGGCCGAGCAAACCCGUUUCCCAGCCCCGGAGGAACAUCGUAGGCUGCAGGAUUCAGCAUGGGUGGAAGGAGGGGAAUGGCCCUGUCACCCAGUGGAAAGGAACCGUUCUGGACCAGGUGCCUGUAAAUCCUUCUUUGUAUCUUAUAAAAUACGAUGGAUUUGACUGUGUUUAUGGACUAGAACUUAAUAAAGAUGAAAGAGUAUCUGCGCUCGAAGUCCUCCCCGAUAGAGUUGCGAGCUCUCGAAUCAGCGACGCGCACCUGGCCGACACGAUGAUCGGAAAGGCGGUGGAGCACAUGUUUGAGACAGAGGAUGGCUCCAAGGACGAGUGGAGGGGGAUGGUCUUGGCUCGCGCCCCUAUCAUGAACACGUGGUUCUACAUCACCUACGAGAAGGACCCCGUCUUGUACAUGUACCAGCUCUUAGAUGAUUAUAAAGAAGGCGACCUUCGCAUCAUGCCCGAUUCAAAUGAUUCUCCUCCAGCAGAAAGGGAACCAGGAGAAGUUGUGGACAGCCUGGUAGGCAAACAAGUGGAAUAUGCCAAAGAGGACGGCUCUAAAAGGACUGGCAUGGUCAUCCACCAAGUGGAGGCCAAACCGUCCGUCUACUUCAUCAAGUUUGAUGACGACUUCCAUAUCUACGUGUACGAUUUGGUGAAAACGUCCUAGAUGGCAUCAUGGACUUCGCCAAAUUUGUGGAACUAUUAAAUGUAUAAUUUGUAGACAUAAAGACUUGAUUGCUUUCCAGUUUAAUGAAAGCUUAAAUGUCCCUGCGAACCCACAAUCUCUGCCAGCAGAACUGGUUUUGUUCCGAAUAGUACAAAUUCAUGUGAACACAAAGCAUUUUGUGUAAGGAACUCCUUCCUCUUAAAAGAAGUCUGUCUGUCUGGAGGGGAGUUAACAGGCAAGUUUGGUACAAGUUAGGCUAGCCCCAUAGUCAUUUCAAACUGUAGUAGAUCUUCCCCACUUCCCCGCCACUGUUGCGCUCUCCGACUCUGCCGCCACAAUGCAAGCAUAGUUUGGUAUUUUUGUUAUUGCCUUUUUUGAGAUAUGUAUGUAUCUAUAUCUACCUAUCUAUAUCUGUGUGUGUACAUAUGUAAUAUAUACACACACAUAGAUCUGUGCGUGCGCGCGCACACAUACACUUAAUUGGCAGUCAUUUCUUUGUGGAUUGGGGCGGGGGGUAAAUAAUAUUCUCCAGUUUAACAGGAGUACUUGUCCGAAGUCAGUCAUACUUAGCAUAUUACUGCUGCUUAUUUAAAAUUAAAUGUGGGCACAGGAGACACAGGGAUGUUCAGCUUGUUUUCAAAGUCAGAAGUUCAGACACCUUUUCAGUCUGGAGGCUUUAAACUGUGAGUCCAAACAUGAAUCAUUGGUGAGCAGUUGCUGGACCCACAUUAGGAUUUAACAAAACAGGAAUCUGGGUAAAAAGCUGCCUUUAAUUCUAAGCUUUGUAAAUUUUUGUUUACAUUUUUUACUGUACUUUUUUUUUUUUUUUUUUAAAGCGAAGCCCAGGUACUUGGUCCACACAGUGUGAUGCGGGCGUAUUUUGGACGGCACAACUGGUCUGUUAUUUGUACGAGUCCGCAGUCUGCAUUCUAGUACAUGGAUUUGAGAGGCAGCAGUGCGUCAGUGGUUUGUGUGUAUGUGGUAAGUUCCUGGAAGAACCUAGUGGUUUCGUAUUAGAAGUUCAAGGUGAAGAAUGGCAUUGCUGCCUUCCAACAAGUUCUCUGGGACACUUUUUUUUAUUACCGUUCUUACUGAUACGUGAUUGUGGUCAGAAGGCUUUCCUCCCCGGCUUUUCCCCACAAAGAACAUCUAGACAGAUGACAGCUUCGGUCCCCUGACACCUUCUGUGGUGCUGUUACGGUCUUGCCCCCGGUGUGCUGUGGAUGUGGACGCUUCCCGUCCUGUGGGCCCUACCACGUCGGGGUCCGUCACCGCACCAGCUUCCGUGGCUUAUUCCCGCAAGGUUGUUUUAACCGAAGUACAACUGCAGAAGUGGGGGUAGUGGCGGCAUGGCCAUCUGUCGCCUUGUGUCGGAUGAGCCCUGAUGGUUUGGCAGCUAGGAGAGAGGCAGUACGUGACACCAGUCUCCUGCGGAGGUUGGAAACCUUCCCUGCAUUUUGGGCAGAAGGUUGAGUGCAUGUGUUGUCAGUCCAGUACGAGAAGGCCACGUGGCCUCAGCGUUGGAGAUCCUGUACCUCAAGGCCUCCCCACGUGUGGUUCGCGUGGCCCCCGCUUUUGCCUUCGGGAAGUCCGCGUGCUGUCGCGCUGUUGGAUGGUAGCCCUGCGCCCCAUUCUGGUGCAGCGCCCGGUGUCCGCGGUGUGUGGCGUGCCGCGCCUCACCUCACCUCGGGCGGCGGCCGAGUGCCUGGUCUCAGACGCUCCUCCUGCUCGGACAGGUGUCCUGCUGCACGUCUGUCACCUCUUUUCCUGGUGGCUCUUCUAAGAGUCCCUGCAUGGGAAUCUCAAGGCUGAGCCCGGCUCCCCGAGCGCCAGUGGACAAGCGUGCCCGGAGGGUGGGUGCGGCCGGCGUGAGCGCGGCACAGAGGCGUUGGGCUGCAGAACCGGUGUUCUCUGGCAGCAUCCGGCGGGGCGGGUCCGUGGAGGCGUCUCCGGCAUCACUUACUGACUUGCUUUGUGGUUUUUCUGCAAGUACCCUUAGCACCUUCAGUACCACACGGUCUGCCGCUCUCCAGACGAAUGUGACACGUGAUUGGCGUCCUCAUUUUAGUCAGCGUUCCAUGUAUUGCCGUUAGGGCGGAAGGAAGGGGAAGGGGUUUUUUGUUGUUUUCUUUUAUUUGCCCCAUUCUCUUUUCUUUCGGCGGCUUAACUCCCACUUCUGUGGUGACUGAUCCCACUCCUUUGCCCGGGAUUUCAGGCUUCGUUUUAGGCUCACGUUUCCGAUCUGCAUGCAUUGCUUGCCUUUUCCUGGUAUUGGGAUGUUGGUUCCUUGUUCUGGGAGCCCAACAUUAGUUUCCAAAAUUAUCACGGGACUUGUGACCGCACAAGACCUGAACCUGUAUAAAAUGUCCUGGCCUUCCUCACUGACCUGCUGUAGUGUUCUUGUGUCGUGUGCGUGUGACGUCUGGCUGCCACGUGAAGCUUCAGAGGAGAACCUUAAGCGCAGACCAUCCUUUUUUGCAUGCUCUAUUCUAAGUAGGAUGUUCAAUGUAACUAACUGAACUUGCAUGUGAGAGAUAUUUAGGUUUUUUGUUUUCUAUCUUUGUUUUUAUUUGUUUUCAGCUGUCUGUAUAUUUGCUUCCUGUGCUGUUGUAGUGGUCGUAGGAUACAGAUGCACUGGUGAAGCAGUGUAGUGCCAGCAGAAGGUGAUUUUCCAGCCCUGUCUGUCGUGCAGCAUUUGAAGGGACUGUGCAUUCUUGAAACUCUCACAGUUACUUCUAAGCCAGAGUUCAUUCCUAUUAUUGUUUUACGUGCCAAACCCCGAAGUGCAUUGGGCUUGAAUCUCUGAACGCUGUGGACCCAUUAGAAGACUGUUCUGAUUGUCACAAAUUGUAGUGCCUGAAAACAUUCUUAAGCUGAUUGUCUUAAAAAAAAAAAAAAAAAAAGAAAAAAAAAAGAAAGUUCUCCAAAGACAAAACAGGAACAAUUAUUAUAACAGAAAAUAAUUAUGGUUGAAAUGUCUGUGGUUCCUUGGAAAUGCUGCGCUUUUUGUAUUUUCCACCGUUAGUGCAGUUUGAACGAAUGUGUAUAGUUCAGAGGUCUUCGUGUUCGCAUUUUAAAAUUAGGUAAAUGACCUCAUCUUUCAAGCUUGAAUUCAUUUUUAAUUUUAAUUUUAUUUUAUACAAUGUGUAGACAGUUCCCUGUUCUCUGCAUUUAGAAGUAUAAACAAUAUAAAUCUGUUAAUUCUGUAAGUAAUUUUUAUAAUUAUGAUGUAACUCUAUCCUAUCCUUAAAACAUUUAAAAUAAACCCUUUAUGUGCAACUUCUGCCUGUAAAUUUUGUGCUCAUAAGCAAAAUGUGAUGUGUUAAACCUGCUUCUGAAAAAGUUUUUAAAGUUUUACUUUAAGAUCCUUUCACCACGUGUAAAUGUCAGAUAUAUGCAGAGACAGAAAGAAGUCCGACUUUUACUUGAAUGGUAACACUCAGUAAUUCCCGAGGGGAGAGGGGCAGUGAUCAAUAUCCCAAAUACAUUCACUAGUCCAAAAUAUUCAGUUUGUGAUUCGCCGCUAAUGAGAAAAUUUAUCAUAAAAUUUUAAACUGAAUUGUUUUAAAUAGAAUUAAAUAAUAUGUAUUUUAUACUUUCACAUCUAGUUCUGCUUUGUAUAUUGCCUGUAAUGCUGUUAAUACUUCAGUACCAACUGGUGAGAGUCUGUAGGGGGAAAGCCCCAUGUCUUGACGGCAGGGACGAGGAAGCGCAUAGGUAAUGGCCUAAUGGCCGGGACGGGUGCGUGUUGUGUUUUAUCUUCUGGGUGAUUACAAUCAGGAAGAAAGUAGAUUCACAGUGUGUCUGUAAUCACAUUUGCUUUUUGCUGUUUCCCUAUUGAGUUGGGCCAAAGGAUCUUGUGGUUAAGGCUGGGGUGGGACAGGCCACCUUCUCGCUGCCAGAGUUGGCUUGCAGGAAUGGCCCCCCCCCCCACCCGGGCUGGGUGGAGGUGCCUGCCCGCUGGAGGCCGGAUCUCGCGUCCUCCUCCUGCCACACCUCAGCCUUUUUGUGCUACUGCACAUGUAGCUCGGGAAGCCUUUUCCCUACAAAUGACAGCAAGUCUCGUCAGAAGUUGAUGGUCGCUGGCUGCCGCCAGCGAGCAGGUCUGCACGGCUUGGAGAAUCAUGGGUGGGCCUGCCGGUUUGACCGCUCUCGGCACGGCCACGGCGCUGGCGGUGAGUAAAGCGUGACAGAUGCUCUGAAGUCCUUGGCCAUCGCCGUGGGAGACUUCUGAUGGGGGGAGGGGAGGCGCACCUUUUCUCCGUGGUGCCGAUGAGGAGGGCGUGGAGGCCACGUGUCUGGUCCAGGAGGAUCACCAGCCUCAGUGCAGGGAUCUGAAGGACCCAAAGUCCAGCCAUCUCUGUGGCUAGUUUUGUACCCUUGCUUCCUAAGUGAGGGCAGGAAGUGUUUUCUUAUUUUCCAAUUAUGCUGAAGAAAUAUAAAUUUCCCUCUCGAGAUUGUGGAAACUAUUUUAUAGUUAGAUAUUUUAAAUAUGUCAUUACAUUCAUAUUCUUACAAAAGCUGCAUUUCUUAUGCCCACAGAACACCACAACCUCACACCUAAUUUUUACAGUAAUUGGUUUGUUCUGUGUCAUAUGUUUGUACGGUCUUAGGCUGCCGAGUCUCAGAGAAUUAGGUGAGUGAGUCUUUGAGUUAUUUCUGCGGACUUUGUCAGAUGGUCUCUGUCUGCCCUCUUACUCAGCGUGAAACCCUUCAGCUUAGUUGACGCAGCUUUUAGGGUUAUUGCCUUGGCACAUCAUUUUGCCUAAAAUUGACCUUGCAUUCUUUCUGCUCAGUUUUUAUGCGAGGAUGCUGGACCAGGUGGCGCAUUGAUCCCUGCCAGUCCAGGCGACAGUGACACUGGAGUGCGGGCACUGGCUCGCGUUUCGUUUUUGUGCUGGCCGUUCCCGUUGGAUGGGUUAAGACCUAGUUCCCUGGGAAGUACUAUCUAGAGUAUGCUUUGAAACAGUUCUGGGUUCGAGUGACUUGAGAAGAAAAUCCUCCCAGUGGGACAUAGACGGAAGCACUUUGCUGGAAGAAGGAAAGUCGUUCAUGCAGCACUGGGGCACCUGUGAGUGUUGGACAGAACGCUCGGAACAGUGUCUGACAUGGUGCUUUAAGCUGUGGACUCCUCUGAGGCAGAUGGGUUCCAGACCCAAGAUAUAGGAAUUUACUAUUACGUUUUACAUCAAUACAAGAAUCUUAUUCUUAAAGGACGUUGGAACUCUGGAAAUGGCUCAAGUUGCGAAUGCUUUCCGCGGUUGCUCAGGUUAUCGGCUCGUGGCAUUCCUUUGUUAAGCCGUCCAUGAGCCAGGCUGUGGGUUCCCCUGUGACCUCAGCCAGGCGGCCCUGGUCUGCUGUUGGCCUUCUGGAUGGAGAACCACCCUCCGGCAUCGGCACCCUAAUGAUGUUGAUGGCUCCAUCUGAAACAAAACUGCCUUCUAGAUCAGCUCUGUUCUCUUCCUGAAAGCCUAACUGCUGAGUUUCAGAGCAACGCAGGAAGAAAACCUGAAUGGCCGGACAGAAGGAACCCCACACCAGAAUGAUUUUUAUUCGCAGAUGCUCUUGCAUCCUUGUGUUAACAUAACCCUGGAAAAUGGAUUGAUGUUGCCUUACGACUUUGGAAGAUACGUAUUAUUUAUUAUAAGAAACAACUACUUUAUUAUAGGAACAAAAUAACAGUAUUUAUCACAAUGCAUUUGUCAUAUACCCUUGGAAUUUCUGUGAGUAACCACCUUAUCUGUGUGUUUCACAGAAUUGAUGUUUGUCCUUAAGAGGGUGGAACUCAACCCACAGACCAUCCCAGUUAUGACUUGGGUGUGUGUGUGCAAUGGCGUAGUACCAAGUGCAUCCAUGUUUACUCUCCAGAGAGCUCACACCAGCCUGCUUCCUGGACUGUGCAGAGAAAGAGAGAUCAUAAUAUGCUUAAUGUGACUUUCCAGUAUAUGCGAUACAGAGUUGAAUUAGUUAGCUAUAACAAUCUUAUGUUUUAUAUUAAAUUCCUUGUUACCCUCCUGGAAGGGAGUUUGACUAUAGCAAAAACUGUAACAAGUGAUCAUCAAAGAAGUGUUUAUAAGUUGAUUAUUACUUCCUA